CCUCGGCGGCAGUGCGCUUAGCCGAUCUUCGUUGCCGGCAGUUCGAAGCCAUCCCCGGAAUUUCCUCCGGUGGCCAACUCCCUCCCCCCACGAUAUAAGUAUGUUGCCGUGCCCCGGUUUUGGCCGGCACGAGGCACAACCUCAUUCCCCAAGCCAUUUUCACCUCCCCCGUCUCGCACUAAACCUCCGUCAAGAUGGCCUCUCCAAUUCCCCGGGGCCUGCGCCAGGUCCUCCAGAAGUCUCCCUCCGAUAUUGUCAUCCUCUCCUCCCUCCGUACCCCCGUCACUCGUGCGAAGAAAGGCGGCUUCAAGGACGCCUACCCCGAGGAGCUCCUCGCCAGCGUGCUCCGGGCCACCCUUGAGGCGAACCCCAACCUGGACCCGGCUCUGAUCGACGAUGUCGCCAUUGGUUCCGUUCUCCAGGAACUCGGCGGUGCGAAGGCCGGCCGCAUGGCCCAGAUCCACGCCGGUUUCCCCCACAGCGUUCCGUUUCACACGAUCAACCGCCAGUGCUCCUCCGGCCUGGCUGCCAUCUCGACCAUCGCGAACGGCAUCCGCGCCGGAGCCAUUAACGUCGGUAUUGGUGGUGGUAUGGAGUCCAUGACCCGGAACUAUGGCUCCCGCGCUAUCCCCACCGUCCUCUGGCCGGAGUUGAAGGAGUCUCAUUCCCAGGACUCCAGAGACUGCAUCAUGCCCAUGGGCAUCACCUCCGAAAACGUGGCUUCGCGGUACGGCAUCUCGCGGGCGGACCAGGACGUCUUUGCCGCCGCGUCCCACCACAAGGCGACGGCUGCGCAGAACGCCGGCCUAUUCGACUCGGAAAUCGUUCCCGUCAAGACCCUGUCCUUCGACCCGGAGAACCCCGAGGCCGCCCCCAAGGAGAUCACCGUGUCCAAGGACGACGGUGUUCGCCCCAACAUCUCGGUCGAGAAGAUGGCUAGCCUGAAGCCCGCCUUCUCCCCCACCGGCGCCAGCACUGCUGGAAACAGCUCCCAGGUCAGCGAUGGUGCCGCCGCCGCCCUGUUGAUGCGCCGUUCCACGGCCACCGAGCUCGGCCUGACCUCUGCCAUCAAGGGCCGCUGGGUUGCCACUGCCGUCGCGGGCUGUGCCCCCGACGAGAUGGGUGUCGGACCCGCCGUUGCCAUCCCCAAGCUCCUUCAGCAGCUUGACAUGAGCGUGGCGGACGUCAACAUCUGGGAAAUCAACGAGGCCUUUGCCUCCCAGGCCCUGUACAGUGUUCGCAAGCUGGGCAUUGACGAGGCCAAGGUCAACCCUAAGGGUGGUGCCAUCGCCAUCGGUCACCCUCUGGGUGCCACCGGUGCCAGACAGCUGGCGACUCUGCUGCCCGAGCUCGAGCGCACCGGCCAGGAGGUUGGUGUUGUGAGCAUGUGCAUUGGAACCGGCAUGGGUAUGGCUGGUAUGUUUGUUCGGGAGUAAAAAAAAAGAAACGGGGUGUUUCCUUCAUUGUACAGUCUGGGUCCGGUUACAGCGAUGAGUUCUUAUGAUAUCAGCGUAGACGCAUGUAAAUAAACCCACAAUUUAUUAUUUUUAUGUCUGA